UGUUAAUGAUGGCCCGGUAAAUGGGAAAGAGAGUAGGAGGCUGAGGAACGGCACGAGCGAGAGGGGAAGAGAGAUAGGGAGAGCGAGCGAGAUCUUCGAUUUAGGGUUUUCAAUUUCAUUUUCCCAAGGCGUAGAGUGUGAGAUUUUUAGAGAGAGAGGUGUGAGAACGCUGAGUGCUCUGCUGAGAGGUUCCAUUACCCCAAGAGGAGGAGGUGGAUAGAGUUUUCCUUUUCCUUUUUCCUUUUUUUUUUCCUCAGAGUGGUGGAUAGGGAUUUUUCCCUCUGCGGCGUUCUGUUCUCUUUCAUUGCGCUUUCUGAUGGAGCAGCGAAAGCUUGUGGUUUUGGGUAUUCCAUGGGAUGUCGAUACCGAGGGAUUGAGGGAAUAUAUGAGCAAGUUUGGUGAACUGGAAGAUUGUAUUGUCAUGAAGGAGCGGUCAACUGGACGGUCUCGUGGUUUUGGAUAUGUUACUUUUGCUUCAGUGGAUGAUGCUAAGGAAGUAUUAUCAAGCGAACAUAUUCUUGGUAAUAGGACACUGGAAGUCAAAGUGGCUACACCAAAGGAGGAAAUGAGGGCACCAGUCAAAAAAGUUACUAGAAUAUUUGUAGCCAGGAUUCCACAGUCAGUAACAGAAGCUACUUUUAGAAGUCAUUUUGAGAAAUAUGGUGAUAUAACCGAUUUGUACAUGCCAAAGGAUCAAGGCUCCAAAAUGCAUCGUGGAAUUGGUUUCAUCACCUUUGCAAGUGCAGAUUCUGUGGAGAGUUUGAUGUCAGAAACUCAUGAACUCGGAGGUUCUGCUGUGGUCGUUGAUCGAGCAACACCUAAGGAUGAUGAUUUUAAGCCCAUUGGCAGAAUGCCACAGGGAGGAUAUGGUGCAUACAAUGCUUAUAUAUCUGCAGCAACUAGAUAUGCAGCACUUGGUGCUCCUACUUUGUAUGACCAUCCUGGCCCAAUUUAUGGAAGGGGAGAGCCUUCUCGGAGAACCAGUAAAAAAAUUUUUGUUGGCCGUCUUCCCCCAGAGGCGACUGCUGAGGAUCUUCGUCAAUAUUUUGGAAGAUUUGGCCGUAUAUUAGAUGUUUAUGUUCCAAGGGAUCCUAAGAGAACAGGUCAUAGAGGUUUUGGAUUUGUUACUUUUGCUGAAGAUGGUGUGGCAGAUCGUGUGUCUCGAAGGUCUCAUGAGAUUUGUGGACAUCAGGUGGCAAUAGAUUCGGCUACACCUGUUGAUGAUGCAGGGCCCAGUGGACCUUAUAUGAUGAAUAGUAUUGAUUCCUUUGGGGGAUAUGGCGGUCCUGUGCGAACUUAUGGGAGGAUGUAUGGUAGCUUGGACUUCGAUGAUUGGGGUUAUGGAAUUGGAAGACCAUCAAGAACAGAUUGGAGGUAUAGACCCUACUAGUUACAGAGUUUUAUUGGUGCCAACACUGUGGUGCUGUUCUUUAACUAGGAUUUUUAUUGUUGUAAGAACUAUGGAUUGGAUUUUACUUUAUCGUAAACCGGAGACAUUUUUUUUUCUUUUAAGAUGUUAUUUUGUGUCGCUUGUAGUGUCAGUUAUGCUGGAAAUGAUUUAUUCUAUAACGAAGAUUAUAUAUUUCUAGGCUUCUAGCCAUAUGAAUUGUUCGUCGUGUAUUGUCAGACUAGAAGUGUUUAUGCAUUCAUGUAUGAUCCAGAACUAGUGGUGAUUUCCCCGACAUGUAUAUUUGCGAUCGAACCUGACUAUGCCUU